AUGGUCGUUGGUCUCUCAUCUUCCAAAGGUGUCCUGGCUCUACUAAGUGAGAGUGACCCAGAUGUACUCCGGUUUGCACUCAAGCGUCUGCGGGAGCUGGUGGACACCUACUGGUAUGAGAUCAGCCCCGAUCUCCCGUUGAUUGAGGAACUUCACGAGUCAAGUGAUCUCUCCGAGGAUACUCGAAUGCUUGCAGCGCUUGUCGCCUCUAACGUGCAUUUUCACCUUGGCGCUUACAAUGACUCUGUGCACUUUGCUCUCGAGGCGGGAACCGCCUUCAACUAUGUGGAACGCUCACUCUUCACCGACACCAUUCUAAGUUGCUGCAUUGAUCAGUUCGUGCAGUAUCAGGAGCAGCCGGAGGAGACGCGUGGAAAGCUUGAUCCUCGCCUGGACAACCUCUUUACGGCCCUGACCAACAAGUGGAUCCUGCAGGAAGGGACACCCGUGCGGGAACUGGUCGGUUUCACCAUUCGUGCCCGCCGCCUUGAUUUCCUGGAGAAGGUCCUUCGCCAAGAAAUUGCUCUCACAAAGUCGGCUGCCAUUCUUAACUACACCUUUGACUUGGCCAGUGUCCUGCUUCGGGAUAUUGGCUUCAGGCGGAAAAUACUGCGUCUGUUGUCGGAGCUGUACGCCCAGGGGGGUCUGAGCACCAUUGACUACUUCUCCCGGGCACAGUGUCUCCUCUUCCUGGGUGACUCGGCGUCCACGACGAAGCUCAUAGCUGAUUUGAUGCAAUCCGGUGACAAGGCGACAGCCUACCAACUUGCAUUCGACCUGUACGAACAUGGAAACCAAGAAUUUCUCUCUGCAGUUGUGGCUGCAGUUGAAAAGGAGUCGGCGGAGGCACAUCCGGCCUUGACCUCGUCACCAUCGCAGAAUGAGGGAGAAACCACUUCGGCAAAGGAAGUAGAUGACAAAAACCUCUCCGACCCACAACAAAAACUCCUCGCCGUUCUUACAGGAGAAACUUCUGCUUCUUUUUACCUGAAAUUCCUAUAUGCUCAAUGCAAUGCGGACAUACACAUUCUCAACCACAUCAAACAGUCUAUUGAUUCCAAAAAAUCUGUGCCACACAACGCCACUGUGAUUGCCCAUGCUCUUAUGUACACUGGAACUACCAUCGAUGCGUUUCUUCGAGGUAAUAUGGAUUGGUUAUCUCGAGCAAAUUAUUGGGCAAAAUUUGUUGUUACGGCCUCCAUUGGUGCCAUUCACCGGGGUCACAUUGAUGAAGGACUCACUGUGGUGGAGCCGUAUCUACCAAAGGAAAGUGUGGGUAUGUUGCCAUACCAAGAAGCAGGCGCCCUCUAUGCAUUAGGACUUAUUCAUGCCCCUGUUGUUGUGACUAGAAACCUUAAAAUGAUUGACUACCUUAAAAAUGCACUAAGAAAGUACAGUACCAGUGAGCAAAUAAUUCACGGUGCCUCGUUAGGCAUUGGUCUUGCGGCAAUGGGACUGAAAGAUGAAGAGCUUUUUGAUUCUCUUUUUGCCUGUGUAAGUGGUUGUGAUGCCGUCGCAAGUGAGGGUGCGGCUCUUGGCAUCGGAUUGCUUAUGAUGGGAAGCGGGAACCGAGGCGCUAUUCAGAGUAUGCGAACCCUGGCAGCUGAGGAUAACCAGAAGGAGAAGACUAUCCGAGGCAUUUCCAUGGCGGUAGCACUCAUGAUGCUUGGUCGCGAAGAUGAGUGUUGGGGAGUGGCGAAUGAACUUCUGGAGGAUUCCGAUCCAUGGGUGCGGUUAGGGGGUUGUUUCAUGCUGGGUCUUGGGUAUGCCGGGGCGGAAAAUACAAAGGUUCUCGAACGUUUGUUGAGCGUGGCAGUCAAGGACACCUCGGACGACGUUAGGCGCAAUGCCACCACUAUGAUUGGGUUUCUCACUAUAAAAGACCCCGCGCUCUGUUUAGAGCUCACCCGUGUCCUGGUUGACAGUUACAAUCCACAUAUCCGCUACGGUGUGGGUAUGGCAUUGGCGGUGGCAGCCGCAGGAACGGGCGAUAACGCCGUCAUUGAAGUGCUUUGGACGUUGAAGGACGACUUGGUGGAUUUUGUUCGGCAAGGCGCGUACAUCGCGCUCUCCAUCGUCUUGGUGCAGGUGACCGCGACGGAGAACCCCAAGGUGAAGGAGUUUCGUGACAUUCUCAGCAAAAAGAUUGCCGGUCGCAAGGAGGACAUGUGCUCAAAAUUUGGAAGCAUUAUCGCAACCGGUCUCUUGGACGCAGGGGGUCGUAAUUGCACCUUCGCGCUGCACCGCCAACGUCAUCGCCUGGACAAGGCCGUGGUCGGCAUGUUUGUGUUCCUGCAACACUGGUACUGGUUCCCCUAUCUGCUGAUGAUUACACUGGCGAUGCGGCCGACCUGUUUCAUCGGCCUUAAUGACAACUUAGAUGUCCCGGAGUACAGGUUAAAAUCAAAUGCGCCACCGAGCCGCUUUGCGCUUCCCAAGAGCGUUCUUGCUGAGAAGAAGGAGGCCAGGGCUGCCGCUGUGAAGGCGGUCGUUCUCUCCACCACAAAGCGGGAGGAACAGUUUAACCGGCUGAAGCGGAUGAGCAGCACCGGCAAAGCACUCGACGUUGCGGAGGCCGCAGCGGCGGCAAAAGGUGCCUCUGCCGCCGAACCAGCACUCACACCGUUGGGUGCGGAGACGGAGAAGAAGAAGGAGCCGGAGCCGACCUUCGAAAUUCUGAAAAACCCGAGUCGUGUGACGGCACGACAGUUCGCCGUCAUCUCGCACGAUGUCGAUGGACGUUACGUGCCGCUUAAACCCAACCCAACGGGUAUCUGUCUGCUGCGCGAUACUAAGCCAUCCGACGGAAAGCAGAAGAUUGUGAGUGACGUGGGUUGGAAUAGCGCCGACGAUGCGCCGCCGCCCGAGCCGUUUACUUGGCCCUAA